AAAGGCAUAUCCCACCUACUACUACUACUACUACUCAACGCGUCGCAUGUUAGUCCCCUUACGUAUAGCUAUUGCUUGAAGCUAAGUCUUUCAUUCAAAUAAAGGAUAAAAAAACAGAAGAUUUCGAAAUGGCUGACGAAGAGUUCGAUGGAGAUGAUGUUGGUGAUGAAUUUGAGGAAGUCGAAGAAGAUGAGAACUUAGAUGACCUUCAAGAAGGAGAGGAUGAGGAAAAUCAAAUGGAAAUAGUGCCUGCUGGUGAAGGUCAUCAAAUUCCUCAAACAAAACGGAUAACAACACCAUACAUGACCAAAUAUGAAAGAGCAAGGGUCUUAGGUACAAGAGCAUUGCAGAUAGCAAUGUGUGCACCAGUAAUGGUUGAAAUUGAUGGAGAGAGUGAUCCACUUCAAAUUGCUGCCAAGGAAUUGAGAGAACGGAAAAUUCCCAUCAUUAUUAGACGGUAUCUUCCUGAUGGCUCAUAUGAAGAUUGGGGUAUUGAUGAACUCAUUAUAAGUGAUUUCUAAAGAAUGUUAGCUUAAGACUGUUCAAGUAAUCAUUCAUGCUCUGUGUGUGAAAGGGAUUAUAUCAUUUGACUAUCAUGUUAUGAAUAAAAUCAUACUUUUAAAUUUCAA